UUUGAAACUGACAUUAAAUUUUUUAUAUCUCGCGAGUAGUCGAAAGGAAAAUGCUGAGUGCGACAGUUUUUUUCGGGUUGAUUGCUGGAUCUUUUGCCUUGACUUUGCUCGAUGGUAAUUGUCCAAAAAUAAAUCCUAGGCAACAACUGGAUCCGUAUGGGAUUACCGGAAACUGGUGGUUAGUUGAACGCAACAAUGAAAAUACGGAUCGACAGGGACGCUGUCAAAAAUUACAUUGGGAUCCACCAGCGAAUGGCGAAGUAAGAUGCGUUACCAGCCGCGUUUCGAUAGCAACCAAUCUUACCACAGUAGUUGAGGCCCAAGCAACAGUAACUGAACGCAAUAGUGUUCUUUUCCGUAACGAAGUCCCCGUUCAGGGCGAAUUCGACGAGGAACAAUGGGUUCUUGCAAUAGAUUACGACUCUUAUUCAAUAGUCUGGAGCUGUACUAAUUUCGGAAACACGCGUGCUGAGAAAGCCUUCGUAUUCAGACGAAACAGAGAGUUAAUGGACACGAACUUUGUUGCGGCAGUAUUCAACAGUUACGGCUUAGAAUAUCCUAAUUUCGUUAGAAUUGAUAACGAAAAUUGUGAUCCAGCUUUUAUUUCCUGAAGUGUAAUUUAACUUUCAAAUAAUCCGACAUGUAAUUUUUAAAUUAUUAAAUAAUGUGAUUUAUUUAUCUGUGAA